AGUGACGGAAAUUGGGUUGAUUAUGUCACAAGAAAGGAACUGUGACACGUGGCUCACGACUUCAUCCCAUCGUCACUAACGACUCCGACGACCAAAGAAUCAAAUGCCACCUAAACCUAUCCCAGCCAAGGCGGGCCAGACAUCUUCCAAGACUCCUUCAAGACAGCGACGUCCACAAAAGCAGCAGCCUGCUUCACUGACGGAUAGACUAAAACGUCUGUUUACUUCCCUCUGCGCUCAAGUUGAUGGUGGGCACUUUACAAAUGCGAUUCGUACAUGUAAUAAGAUCUUGCGUCUAGAUCCAAGCGAUCGGGAUGCACUACGGACGAAGCUCUUCCUGCUUCUCCAGACUGAGCAGUACGACACCGCCCUUGCACUUAUCGCCGAAAUAAAUGAACAGUGUUCAUUUGAGCGUGCAUAUGCAUUGUAUCGUCUUCAGCGAGAAGAAGACGCUACUCAGGUGCUAAAGGAAAUAAAAAACAAUGGGAAGGAGGCAGAGCAAAGAGGCGCGAUGCACUUAGAGGCUCAGUUGAGCUAUCGUCAAGGAUCGUACCAGUCAUCCCUGGACAUCUAUAGCGAACUUCUUGAAACAGCUGAUCCUUCUUCGGAUGAACAUGCAGACAUUCUCACCAAUCUACCAGCAUCUCAAUCACACCAGGAUUUCAUCGCAACUACAUUCAUGCAAGCUAUGUCUCAGCUCCCCAGUUCUAUUGCUUCGACUUUAGAAUCUGCGCCGCCACCUGUCCUUUCCCAACCAGCUUCGAUUCUCGCUUCUGUGGAAGAACCCACGAAAAAGCCGGAGGCUUUGGAAACCAAAAAGAAAUUGCGAACAAAACGUGUGCCGAAGGGAGUCGUACCAGGCGUGUCGCCCCCGCCGGAUCCAGAAAGAUGGUUGAAGAAAUCAGAAAGAACUAGUUAUACCCAAGGGAAAAGGCGGAGGGGUGCAGGAGGUGGUGCAACCCAGGGUGCAGCUGUUGGCGCUGAAAGUAGCACUGUUUCUGCUGGCGCCUCACACGGAGGAAAGACUGGUGGGAAAGGCAAGGGAGGGAAGAAGAAGUAGUGGAACGGCACGGUAUCUGACGGAACCUAUUCCGAGACUCCUGAUGCUGUAUUUCAGAUUACAACCGAGUUAUAUCUCUCACUUUCAUGACGAAUAUGAGAUUCUGUGGGUAGAUGGCUGGGUCGGACAAUUAUCUCGUUGCGAGGCACUGCUUCGAAGAGAAAACCAGCUUUCAGCUGUGACAUUGGUGGGGACAGGAGAACUGAUUGGCAUUGAAAUCACCGGAGCCGAGCCCUCCAUUAGAAAACAAGAUUUGCGAUCGGAAAGGGACCUAUCGUCACUAUAGCUUUCUGCACGUUGAUUAUGAUUUUUCACGUAUGGGAAUUUCGAGGAGAUGGAUUACAUAGGACGGUCGCCGUAGGUUCAGACUUGAACUAUUGCACGUAAGAUUAUCUUGCUUCAAGACCCUAAAAUUACACAAAGAUCCAAAGAUAUCAUCGGAGAUGGGUGUCCUGUGUUUAUGUGACUUCAUGUUUU